UUAAAAAAAAAGUAUAGUAACAUUUCCACAUAAAUUUCCACUAUUAAUUCCCGUUUCUAGCCAAUUUUUGUAGUUGGAAGUUUAAUUUCAUCAAUGGCUGCUUCCGGAUUUGAAGGAUUUGAGAAGAGACUUGAGCUACACUUCUCCGGCGACGAUCCGUCCAUCGAAAUGGGAGGUUUCCGGCAAUUGGAUUUUGAUUCCUUGGAAGAAGUAUUACAUGUUGUGCAGUGCACCGUAGUGUCAGCUGUUUCAAAUCAAUAUUUUGAUUCUUACGUACUAUCAGAAUCAAGCCUCUUUGUAUACCCAACCAAAAUAAUCAUCAAAACUUGUGGUACUACCCAGUUGUUGAAAUCGAUCCGUCCGUUCAUCCACUUCGCAUGUCAAAUGGGACUUAUCAUUACAGAGUGUAGGUACACUCGAGGAAAUUACAUUUUCCCAAAAGCACAACCGUACCCACAUACAAGUUUCAAAGAAGAAAUUUCUUAUUUGCAGGAUCAAUUGCCUAAUCAUCUUUGCUACAGAAAAGCCUCUGUUAUGCCUUCCAAAUUCACUUCACAUUCAUGGCAUGUUUUUUCUGCUUGUGAUAAGUUUUACCCAAUUCCAAUUCCCAACGAUCUGUACACAGUGGAAAUUUGUAUGACAGAUCUCGACCGGGUACUUGCCCGGAAGUUUUUUAAAAAUCCAGAUACAACCGGAAAACAGAUGACAGAGGUAACCGGAAUCGGAGAAAUCAAUCCGAAUGCUUUGAUUUGUGAAUUUGCUUUUGAUCCUUGUGGAUACUCCAUGAAUGGGAUUGACGAAGAUCGUUACUCUACGAUUCAUGUGACGCCGGAAGACGGUUUUAGUUACGCUAGUUAUGAGUGCGUGGGAUCAAUUUACGAUGACGACGACAUUGCUAGGAUUAUGAAGAAGGUGGUUCAGGUUUUCCGACCGGGGACGAUGUCAGUGUCGACUACGUGUUCGAGCGGGAGCAGCGAGAUUUGGACCAGAAUUGUUAAAGCAGUUGAACCACUAGGGAUGAAACGGCGGAGUUGCACGAUCGAUGAAUUCCCAGGUGCCGGAACUGUGGAGUUUCAAACUUUUACGUCGACAGGCAAUAGGUGAAUUAUAGUAUUGAAUAUAUGGAGUUUAAAUUCUAAAUUCGUUGCCGUGAAAAGGUUUGAAAAAGUAUAUGGUGAAAGUAAAGGACUACUAUUUUUACUUGUCUUUUUUAUUUAAAUGUUAAUUGUUUAGAGUUUAGUUUAAAAAAUUGUUGUGAAUAUUAAUA